AUGGCUAGUCAGUCUUCUGCAAAGGCUUCCUACACCGAGCUCGAGCUUCAGAGGUGCUUUGAAAUCUUACAAGGCGAUAAAAAGGUGCCUCAAGCAAAAUGCCUCGGGUGCUUGAAGAUUCGCGCCAAAAACACGACGCGGCAGAGCGAGCAUGUUAAUAAAUGCACGAAAGCACAGGCUCUGAUGGAUCCUGAAACCAACACGGGGAAGAAACAGAAACUCCUAAGUUUCUCUGCUUCUCAACCAUCUCGAAAUAUUGAUCAGUUAAUAGCUCAGGUCUGCUUCACCGGAGCUAGGCCCUUCAACCUCUUCGAACAGCAUGAGAUGCGCGACCUCAUCUAUGCAUUAAGUCCAACAUACCAAAUCCCUUCCCGCCACCGAAUCGCCGAUGAUCUCCUAGAUGAAGCAUAUAAUAGACUACGGGAGGAGGUGCUGAAGGAACUGCGGAGAACCGAGUUCUUGAAUAUAACGGUGGAUGAGACUACUAAUAUCCGAUCCCAGCGGGUAAUUGUGAUGACUAUAACAACUCCAAUGAAGUCAUGGUUUAUCUACUUGAAUGAUAUGGAAGACAAGACACUUGAUGCUGCUGCUAUUAGCAGUUGGAUCUUGAACAGGCUCCAAUGUCUUCUGUUACAGCUAGAUAAAAUAGCUGACUGGAAGAGAAUCAAUUCUAUCUCGACGGAUACUUGUUGUGUUAUGAAGUCGGUCUGGGAGAAGCUUGAGCAAACACCAGAACUCAGGCACUGCUUCAUGAUUCCCUGUGACUCUCACGGGCUACAGUUGAUCAUGAAGGAUAUCGUUGACCCAAAGAGCUCCAAGGUCCCUCGAGCAGGGUCAGUGUUUAAGCAGGCUCUUGAAAUCGUUGUCUUCUUCCACCACUCACCACUCGAGUACGCAAGGAUGCAAGCAAAGCAGAUUGAGAAGUGGGGUAAUAGAAAGGCUUUAAUUGCAUCCGUCAUUACCAGAUGGGGAACGCAAUAUACUAUGCUAUCCUCGCUUCACGACUGCCAAGAAGCUAUCUGCGAGUGGACACUUAUCACUCCUGCUACUUCGACUGCUAGGGGAAGGGAGAUUAUUCGGAUAGCGAACUCGCAUUCGUUCUGGUGGGAACUAAAGGGAUUAAUCAAAAUCCUUAAGCCUCUACAUGUUGCCCAGAAACAGUCCGAAGCUCGGAACUCGUCGAUUAUGGAGGUAACGCAGCGGUGGCUAGAUCUUCAUGAAGAUCUACGAACAUUAGCCUCCCAAACAUCUCUUAAGGACGAUUUCUUAUCCUAUUUGGAUGGCAUAGGCUGGCAAAGUCGAAUACUACGUCAGCUUGAGCCUAUUCACUGGGUAGCCUAUCAUCUUGAUCCUGCUAGAGUCCCUGGGAAAGUUGACCAGAGCUCUCGAAAUUAUAUCGAAGGUGUCCUGCGGCCUGUACAGAACGACGAUAGAAGCUCUUCCGCUUGGCACGAAUUUCUUUCAUUUAGGCAGAGAACGGGAGCUUUUUAUAAUGCCUCCUGCUGGAAGGCCCAGAGCCCAUCUCUCUUUUGGCUUGAAGCAGUACGUUAUACUAUCCCCUAUUACAACGGAGACCUUACUUACGAUAUUCGUAUACAGGAGGACUUUGCUCCGCUUCUUGCACCCUUUGCUCGUCGUCUCUGCAAUACUGUCGCGAAUUCGGCGGCAGCGGAGAGAGCCUUUUCACAGAUGAACCUUCAGCAUACAAAAGUCCGAAAUAGACUCGAGCCUCACCGCGUUGAGAAAUUGCUCUUCGUGCAGAUCAAUAAACGACAAUUCCGGGCAGACCGUCCUCCCGAAGUCGCGCAAGAAUCACUACUUCAAGAAGAGGAUGACGAGAUAGAGAGGGUUUUACAGCGAAACCAAGUGCUAGACGAUCUAUCAGAGGGCUCAGACCAACAUCAAGAGCAACCACCAGAGCAGCCAUCAGAGCAGCCACCAGAGCAGCCACCAGAGCAGCCAUCAGAGCAGCCAUCAGAGCAGCCAUCAGAGCAGCCACCAGAGCAGCCACCAGAGCAGCCAUCAGAGCAGCCACCAAGGCAAUCAUCAGAGCAAUCACCAACCAUCAACGAAUCCCGCCCUCAUUUCUGCGUUGAAUUUGAGGCUUAA